AACGUUCACCUCCUCCUUCAACCAUGUCAGAAAGACCGGUCCUCAGCCUCGGCGACAAGCUCAAGCUUUUCCCAACAGCUGUCGCAGUCUUGUCCACGCUCGUAUGGAAACUGCUCUUCGCGGGCUUACGCGGACGCGGCGGCGCGUCCACCUACGGUCGCGAGGUCUCCUACUCCGUCACGCGCACGCUCACCAACUGGCUCAGCGUGCGCCAGCUGCAGGUCAUACGCGGCACUUCCGAGGAGGCAUGGACGAAAUGGGCCGCUGCGCACCCUGAGUUGGAGACGUCAACGGAGGACAUCGACUACGACGCCAAGCUGCACUGGAUUGGGGACCCGAUUCCUGCGACAAAGAUUCUUGUCCAUGUUCACGGUGGAGGAUACGUGCUGCCCCUGGGUGCGGGACACCUCGACCUACUGAACUACUUGCGCAACCAGGUCAAGAAACGAACCGACAUCGACAUGGCCGUCGCCGUAUUCGAGUACACACGCGCUCCGCAGGGCAUUUACCCCCUCCAAAUGCAGCAGUUCGGCGCAGCAAUGCACCACCUCCUCAACGACGGAAUCAUGCCCUCGAACCUCAUCGUCUCGGGCGACUCUGCCGGCACGCACAUCAUCCUCUCCGUCAUCUCGCACUUCCUGCACCCGCACCCGGAGCUCACGGAGCCCCCCUCGCUCGCGGACGAGCUCGGCGGCCUCCUGCUCAUCUCCCCACGCACCUCCAAUGAGACCUCAUCCCGCUCCUUCUCCGAGAACUCCAACCGCGACAUGCUUUCUCGCGAUACGUUGAAGCGGUGGAUGGGCACUUUCCGCGUCGGCAGCGCCAUCGCAGACGCGGAGGGUGUGCGCAAGGACGGGUUCUACACCGAGCCCGUGAAGGCUCCCAAGGAGUGGUGGAACGGUCUGUGCCCCGACGUCGUCAAGAAGGUGUUCAUCUCCGCGGGCGAGCACGAGUGUUUCCGAGAUGAUAUCCUCACGUUUGCUGAGUCGUGGAAGGGCAUCCAGGGCCUCGACCUGACGUGCUUCGUCGAGGAGCGCGGCGUGCACGAUUCACCGGUCGUCGAUUUCGAGGCGGGCCGGCCGCCGACGAAGCUCCUGAACGCGAUCGUGGACUGGCUCGUUGGUGCGCUGCAGCGGCCUGAGUAAGCAGUGGCCAUAAGUAAGCACUGCCGAUGAAUCUUUUGUGAAGCUCGAGGUCUGUCCACAUCUGACAUUUAGCUCUCAUGUAUGUUAUGUUCC